UCAAAGUGAAUUUGUUUCUCAUCGCUUGCGAACGUAAAUUUCUGCUGUUUCAUUCGGCAAGCGAUUGUUAGUUUCCCAUUUCUCGUAGUGCUUUCGUGUGAUCAGUUUAAUUUUCAACAAAAAUGAGUUCCAUUGGCACCGGUUACGAUCUGUCCGCGUCACAGUUCUCACCCGAUGGACGCGUGUUCCAGAUUGAGUACGCAGCAAAGGCGGUCGAGAACAGCGGCACGGUAAUUGGUCUGCGGGGCAAGGAUGGUGUUGUGCUGGCCGUAGAGAAACUGAUCACGAGCAAACUGUACGAGCCGGAUUGCGGUACAAGAAUCUUUACAAUCGAUACGUCCAUCGGAAUGGCUAUCAGUGGUAUGAUCACCGAUGGUAGAGCUGUUGUGGACAUUGCUCGCCAGGAAGCGGCCAGCUACCGACAGCAAAACAAUCGUCCCAUUCCGCUCAAACAACUGAACGAUCGUUUGUCGAGCUACUUCCACGCAUACACACUGUACAGUGCCGUGCGACCGUUCGGUGUAAGCGUCAUUCUUGCGUCAUGGUCGGAGGAAAAAGGGUCCGAAAUGUACAUGAUUGAUCCGUCCGGUGUGUCUUGCGGAUACUUUGGCUGUGCCGUCGGAAAAGCCAAACAAACGGCUAAAACGGAAAUAGAAAAGCUGAAACUUUCCGACAUGAGCGUCAAAGACCUCGUACUUACGGCUGGCAAAAUCAUCUAUCAGGUGCACGAUGAACUGAAGGACAAAGACUUCAAACUGGAGUUGAGUUGGGUGUGUCAGGAUUCGAAGGGCAUCCACAAGACGGUACCGGCGGAAGUGUAUGCCGCAGCGAACCGUGCUGGCCAGGAAGCGGUCGACGAGGACGACAGUGAUAACGAAAUCUAAGUUA